AUGGCGAGCCUCAAUAAUCAGCUAGCAACACGCAUCGUCAACGACGAUCGGCCGGUAGCAUUGCGCAGAAAGCGUCGCGGCAGUGUUGAGCCCACCAGAAAUUCCGUUCCAUCCUCCUCCCGCUCGCAACCCAAGGCCUCCCAAACUGCCUCUGGCAUAUCGACCCCUCCGGAGACUCCCAAACGAGAAAAGAAACGCGUGCGAUUUUCUGAUCCAUGCCCAGAAAUUCAAACCGAAUCAUCGUCGUCAGGCCUAACUCCCUUUUUCGGGAGAUCAUCGCUUGGAACACCAGCAUCGAAUCGCCGCCACUCAACGCCCGCCGCGUUAUGGAACCGCGCCGAAUACAAUCUCCCGGUAUCCGGAACCCUGCAGUUUGCGCCGCUGCGGCAAGUGCUUGAUGGAAGGAUCAAACGGCGAUUGAAGAGGAAUAGGCUGAGCGAAGAGAUAAACAUUAUCGAGUAUGACAAGAGGCAUGAAGCAAGGGCACGGAAGACGGAGGUGGAAAGGCUCAGGCAAGAAUUAGCAGCCAAGGAUCAGGAAGUGCAGACUCUGAUGGACGAACAAGAAGUUGCCACUCAAAUUGAAGAAGAGUCUGGAUUGGCGGUCUCGGUCAAUAUAGGCAGCGCCCAAAGCGCGAGGAUCCAGGAGUUGGAACAAGUGAUAUCAGAGCUGAGAUCCGAGCUUCGGCGAAAAGAGGAAGAUCCAAUACAAAGUCCAAACUGGACUAUGGCGGCGAGGGACCCCUUCAAUUUUGACAACGAUGACAAUGUGAUCACGAAUUACGACGAUAACUUUGGAGAUAGCGAUAUGCUCACAACCCCAACCCGCCUUAACACUUCGUUUCCAUCGCCUCCAUCGACCGUUCCGAACACACCUUGCCGUUUAAUCUCCUCCACAAGUGCCGGUGUCCAAGCAUGCCUACCUAUCCCGGACCCGGAAAAUGACACGUUAAAGUCGCAGCUCGAUUCUCUACGAGCAGAGUUAGCGAAACUGACAUCCGCAAUUGCUUUGAAGGAAGAUAACCAUUUACGUAUCGCCGAAAAGCUUUCUGAAUUCUUCCCAGUCGAUGAAUCCUGUGACUACACAAAGCUAGAUUUUGCACUUGACACCGUGCUCACCCAGCUUGCUGUCGCUCAAUCCGAUGCCAAGGAGCAUCUCUUUGCCUUUUCGGCCCUAAGCACCGAGAUCACCGGCCUUGGAUUUCCUUUGGCGGGCCCCGAAGAAACUCUCAAAGCGAUUGCCACGCAGUUUAGGAGAGCAAGACUCGACUUAGAAUACCUGACCCCGGGCGAAGUCGUCGAGGGUUUUGAGAACGACAAAUUACUCGAUAUGCUUGUCUCUAGGGUUGGGGUUCUGCUCGCCAAGGCCAAGGAACAGGAAAGCACUAUUGAUGAAUAUCACGAGCAAGAAGUCUUGUUGAGACAGCAGCUCAAUACACGCGUCAGCGUCGCCGACGAUUUGCAUAGAGAAAUCUCACAUGUAAACAGAACUAUGGGCGAGUUGAGAGGGGAGAUGGAAGAAAAAGAUAUCAGCAAUCAGAGGCUCCAAUCUGCACUGGAAGGAUAUAGAAAGGAAGUGAUAGGGCUGGAAAAAUUGAUUGAGAAUAUGGAGGCCGAGGGACGUCGCCAGGAAGCGCAAUGGCAGAGCGAGGCGACAGAAUUACAAGGAGCACUCCGAGAUGAGAUGCUGAAACAUGAUACGACUCGUGCAAGUGAGCAGGGCAAAAACAUGAUUAUUAUAGAGCUGGAACACAGACUGGCCGCUGCUCUCCAGGCUGCUUCUAAGGUGCAAACUCAGCUUGCUACUCACGUUUCUACCAAGGAUGCUGCCCUGGCUAAUAAAGAUGCCACUAUCGAACUGUUGAAGAGUACGGCACUGCAACGUGAGAAAGAGCACGGCAAGUCCCUCGCGCUCUGCGACGCACGAGUUUGUGAACUACAAAGUGAGGUUGAACGUGUUAACGAAGCACUCAAGGCUGCACACCACACUAUUAUUGAGAUACGGAAAGACAACCAGGCUCUCGAAGCACAGGUUGAGGGCGAGAAGAAGCGAGAGAUUUUUGUUGUAAGGGCUAUAGGCGAUCAGUUGACUCGCGCUCUCGAGGCGGGCACGGGCUUCACAAAUGGCGAUAUAUCGGUUUUAGGCCCCAUUAGGAGCCAAAGAGCGGGAAGUGCCCCUGUUGAGGGAGAGCACAGUAUAGUGACGCAGGAUCAAGGGCAGCGUCCUGUGCGCAGAGCUGGAUUAUUUGAUGGGGAGUUGGCUAGAAGACGGUCUGGAAAGAAGAGGAGAAGAUAUGACAGUGGAUUGGGGUUCUUGGAUGAAGCUGAUGAGGGAAAUAUCGAGAUGUAA